AUGAUAUAUAGUGUGUGUGAUAUCAUACUAUAUAUAUAUAUAUGUUAUAACCAUAAACUUCAAUUGUAUUCCAGUAAAGAUAUAAUAAUGGCUACGGAAGCUGUAUAUAAUUACAUGAAGACUGAAAAUAAACCUCAUAAUUUGAAUGAUAUACUCACAAAUUUAGAUAACAAAUAUAGUAAAACUGUGAUUCAAAAAGCUGUUGAUGAACUGGUGACAGAUAAGAAACUGUUUGAAAAAGUUUAUGGCAAAAAUAAAAUCUACUGUGUUGUCCAAGAUUCAACAUGUGACACUGACGAGUCAUUAAAGAUUGACAAAGAAGCACAAAGUCGUGCCAAGGAGAAUAAAUAUCAAGAAAUUUUGAGAGAGAUAAAAGAACAUGAAGCACUCUUGUCUUCUUUGAAGUCGAGUUUAACAUUGGAAGAUGCACAGAAAGAAAAGGUUACAUUACAGCAAAAUAUAAAGGAGUUAACGCAUAAACUAGAUGAAUUGAUAGAAAACAGCAGUACCGUAGACUUACAUGAUCAUUCAAUAUUAAAGCGAAAAGCACAAGAGACUCUGGAUGAAUAUACACGUGUAUAUUUGAAAAGAAAAAAGAUAGUCAUGGAGAUAAUAGAUUGCAUUUUGGAUAAUUAUCCUGGUAGCAAAGAUAAAUUGUAUGAUGAAAUAGGCAUAGAUUCAGUGACAUAAUAAAUCGACAAAAUUUUUAUUACUUUUUUCAGUUAAUAUUUUAUCUUAUUUAUUUUUCUAUAUUUUAUUACAUUCUCUUAUAUAAAAUGAUAUUUCUAUAUAAUGCACAAAGAAUGAAAUAAAUAUUUUAUGUUAAAAUGAUUAAAAUUUUUAUCUAAGUAUCAAGUUAAGUAUUAAAUGAUCUUAUUAACCUUUGCUAUUAUUUAAAAAAAAUUACUUUAGGUUGCUAAAUAAUAUACAUUGUCAGUAUUAUUUAAAUGUUCAAUUUGUAGAGUAGAUGACUUUUAUUUUGUGCGCAUUACAUUUUACUUUACAUUCUUUUUUUUAUUUUUAUAAAUGCAUAUCAUAUAUAGGACAUUCCAGACCUAUCACAUUGUUUGUACUUAUAGAAAUAAAAGCCUCAAAAGUUA